AUGGAACCAGCGAUGUUCGAUGAACUGCUUGAGAGAGUUGGCCCUAGGAAUCAGAAAAAAGAUACAUGCUGGAGAAAAGCUCUACAACCAGGCAUCAAGCUCGCCAUUACUAUCAGACAUCUUGCUUCAGGAGAAAAGUACCAUAAUCUCAUGUAUAACUUCAGAGUUGCUAAGAAUACGAUAGCGUGUCUCAUACCUGAAGUUCGCCAGGCCAUUUGUGAGAAAUUUAAAGAUGAAGUAAUAAAGUCUCUUGAUGAAUGGUUUCUCAUAGCAGACCAGUUCAAAAACAGAUGGAAUGUUCCAGAUUCAUGCGGUGCACUAGAUGGCAAACACGUGGCCAUCAGAUGUCCCCCAAACAGUGACUCGCUUUACCACAAUUACAAGCACUUCUUUUCCUUAGUGCUACUAGCACUGGAAGAUGCGGAUUACAAAUUUCUAUGGAUCGACUGCGGAGGUCUUGGUUCUAUGUCUGAUGCUCAAAUUCUUAACGAAUCUGAGCUGAAACAGUGCCUUGAAGACAGAUCGAUUGGGUUUCCAGCGCCUGAUCCACUUCCACAUGACAACGAGCCGAUACCCUACUUCAUUCUAGGUGAUGAUGCAUUUGGGUUGAGAAAAUAUUUGAUGAAACCUUAUUCGCAAAGAGGUCUUACCAGAGAGGACUUAAUAAAAAACUACUAA